CAGUUGGCUGACUGCUCCCAAGAAAACCGGCGACGAGCAUCCAUACCCGGCAGUUUGACCGCACAUCUUCGCCGCUUCAAAUUCACCGCUACUGCAACAGCCGCCGAGCCGGAUACACCUCUCAACCCGAACCCGACUCACCCGCCGACAACACAUCCACGUUUAGCCGGCUCCAUAAACCGAGCAGCACUUGUAUGCCGCUAUUUCUAGAAACAUCAGUGAAGGGCUCGGAGAUUAACGCAAUAGGUACACGGCUGCAGGAUGGAGACGCAGAUACACGUGCCCGUCGGCUCGCCGGUAAUUAGGAAAAUCCCCAUUUUUGUGGACGAACACAACGUGACGGAGGGCGCGAUGAAGCUCAUCAAAGAGCUGAGACCGGCGUGGGACUCGAGCGACGUCAGGACCAAGCUUUUCACCGACGGAACCACCAACAAGCUUGUGGGCUGCUACGUAGAGGACAGUCCAGAGGACGUGGUCCUGGUCCGAGUAUACGGGCACAAGACAGAGCUGAUUGUGGACCGAGACAACGAGCUCAAGAGCUUUCAGGUGCUACAUGCUAAUGGCUGUGCCCCUCGCCUCUACUGCACCUUUCUGAACGGCAUCUGCUAUGAGUUCAUGCAGGGGGACGCUCUCGGGACGCAAGACGUCAGGGAUCCUUCCUUGCUCAGAAUGAUAGCCAGAGAGAUGGCUCGUAUCCACGCCAUCCACGCGCACAACGGCUGCGUCCCCAAACCCAACCUCUGGAUCAAGAUGAGAAAAUACUUCUCCCUUGUGGCCACCGAGUUCACCGACCAAGCGUCCAACGCUAGAAUUCAGCAGGAAGUUCCCAGCAAGGCGGUGCUGGAGCAGGAGAUGGUGUGGAUGAAGGAGCAUCUCUCCACCCUGGGCUCCCCCGUGGUGCUCUGCCACAAUGACCUGCUCUGCAAGAACAUCAUCCAUAACAACAAAGAGGGUCACGUUCGCUUCAUCGACUACGAAUACUCCAGCUACAACUACCAGGCCUUCGACAUCGGCAACCACUUCAAUGAAUUCGCAGGGAUGGCGGAGCUGGACUACGGGUUGUACCCCAGUCGGGAGAUGCAGAUGGACUGGCUCAAAGUGUACCUGCAGGCGUACAAACUCUUCACCAAGAAAACGGAGGAGGUCAGCCCUCGAGAGCUGGAGACGCUCUACGUGCAGGUCAACAAGUUCGCUCUGGCUUCUCACUUCUUUUGGGGCUUCUGGGCGCUCAUCCAGGCCAAAUACUCCACCAUUGACUUUGACUUCCUAGGGUACGCCGUGCUGCGUUUCAACCAGUACUUCGAGACCAAACCUGCGCUCAUGGCCCUGCAGAUCCCAGAAUGAGAGGAGAGGGAGAGAAGACGGGAGGGUGUAACGGGCCUUUUUACGCCGUGCACUCUUCUCGGCGUGGACCAGCUGUUGACGGGCUGCUGCUCGGUCUACGGCAUCCUGUUUUUUUCUGCAACCAGCAGCGGUCACUCCUUCAAUGCUCCAACUUAGCUCCUCGCUGUCCCAAGCUCUAGCUUGAGAAUGAUAAAAAACUCCCAUUGGGUUCCGUGUGUGAGUGUGCACCUGCGUAUGUUAAUCUUAAUUUACCCCUCAAAAAACCCAGGCGUCUUGCAUUCCCUCUUUGGGACGACUGAACAAGGCGUAGUGAGCACUGCCGUCUUGAGUUUAGGGUAGAGACUCGCGUCUUGUCCCGAUACUCUGGCGCCCAAAAUGUUCCACAACGUCCGUAAUGAAGGUCAAAAGAGGGACAAGACGCUAAAAGAGGAGUUUGAUGCUGAAACUAACUGAUAGCUGAUUCUGCACUGUAUCUAUGGCUCAAAGCCACGGCCUCAUUAUGGUUAGAAACUGACUACGCAGACAUUUCACUUGGGAUUCCCUCACAUUUUUGUAUGUGGUGUGUGUGUGAUGAGAGCAUUCCUCCUUCUGUCUGCAGAUAGUUUAACACUUUUUUUUUUCCUUUUUUUUUUUGCCCUGUCUUUGAUGCUAAGUGCUUGUAGCUGCAGUUUUUCUGCACUGCACCCAGAAAUCACCUGUGCAUCAAAAACUGGGGGGGCAGUACUCCGUCGUCUUUCCUCUUGAUUCUUUUCUUUGUUUUUUGUCAGAUCAUCUUGUAUUAACUCCAAGCAAACUGCUGCUGCUGCUAAUUGAAAUGUGAAACAAACUUUUUUUGUGUACUAGUGGACUUUUCCCCUAGGAAGGAAACUACCAGGCGGCGGGUGUGCGGAACGGCAAAAGGAGAAGCUUUUCAAGGACUCGCUGUAGGUUGCGUAACUGUUGUGUUACAGCAAUCGGUGCUAGAGAGUAGCUAAAUGUGACUUUAUUUAUUGGUGUGGAGACGGAUUGUUUAACAUCUCAGGUGAAACAGCUCUUCGGUUUGCUUUAGUGAGCGUGGCUUCGUGUUGAAUCUGGAAGUGACAGGAAGCAGGUGGAUGCUGGGUAAAAAAAAAAUGAGGGGAGCCUGUGUUACUCUGUCACUCUGACCUCCGUGUGCGUUUUCCACCUACUUGACUUUUAUGGUUGCAGCGCAUCGCUUCGUUUAACUUUCCAUUUAGACGUUCCAGACCUCUUGGAAAAUCACAACCUCCGUCA